AGGAAUUCAUUACGGUGACAGGACAAAGUUGGGGAGAUGAAGAUCUGUCAAAUCCCCCAUAACUCGAAUUUGAUUUUAAGCCCAAUCAAUUUUGGUUUCUUGUUUCCCUCCGCGUUCGAACAUCGCCACUGUUUCCCGUAAAAGUUUCUCCCUCUCUCUCUCCCUCUCUCUCUUGUGGGUGCUUCGUCUUCUUCUUCGAUAGCUCCGAUUACCUAAUAAAAAUGGUUUCUUUUGCUCCAAGCAUUUUCCUUCUUUAAUCAAAACCCUGGCUUGCAUUCCUCAUUGUCCUCUCUUAAAUCCGGGUUUCCAUUUUUUUAAGCCCCUGUUUCUUGUUCUUUUUUCUUUCCGGAUCUGUUAACCCUAGAAUGGUGUUUCGAACUUGCAUUUGUUGGUGAAUUUGGAUUCAAAUGUGAAGAUCCGAGAAGGAACAUCUUCGAUUUCGGUUGCAGGGUCGAGGUUUUUGGUGGUGGGAUUUGGAGGGAGGCCUUGGUUUUUGUCGAACGAUGUGAUUUCGGGAGAGAGGCUUAGGGUAGAGAGAGAGAGUUGGGGAGGGUAAGGAUGGGAUCGAGUGGGAGCAAGCCAUGCCGCGGCUCCUCCGCAGAGGCGGCGGGAGAGGCGAACGCGGCGGCGACGGCGAGCAGCGGUGGACGGAGGAGAAGAUCGAGGGGCCAUUGGAGUCUUCCGUCUUCGUGUCUUUCCUCGGCUUCUGCUUCGCACGACAGUGACAAUGGUGAACAGGUAUGCAGAAGUUGGAUGAGAAAGAGCCAUGGAAAUGGAAGCAACUCAAAGCGGAGAAUGAGAGCAAUGGAGCCGGAGAGUCGAGAAAAUGCGGAUUGUUACAAAGAAUCGAAGGAAAAGGAUGCUGAAGACGAAAAGAAUCGUACCUCUUCCGACGAGGUUGAGCUUGACGAAUGCGGUGAAGCCAGUGUAAGCAAUGUUUUGCCGACGAGAAACGGUAGUUCUGGCCGAGCGUCCUCGUCGUCCCGAUCCUUGACCACUCCAGGUCGCAUCUUUUCUCGUUUCAGAUUCAUACCCGGUAACAUGAGCUCCAGAAUAAGCAGAGCCUCAAGCUCAAGAUCCCUGAAUUCAGUCUCCUCUUCCCGACGGACCACACCGAAUGAUCGAGAAGCUGUUGUUAUUACUUCCCCACCAGAAACUACGGGCAACUUUGUUGAUAGAAAUGAAUCUCGCCUAGAAAAUCAUACUUCCCCAUCAAAUUGUUCCACUUAUCAUGUAUCAAACGAUGACCAACAUGAGCACAGAGUUCCUAUUGUCGACAUGCAUCCACCAAGAGGAGCAAACGAGAUAGACAGUAACUAUACUGGAUUUCUUGAUCGGCAUCCUGUAGUUCGGGAGCCAUCUGAACGAAAUGUACGUUUUAGCCGGACACUUAGUGUUGGAAGACUCCGGGAUAGGGUUCUUCGGAGGUCUUCACUCUCGGAUUUCACGUUCCGUCCUUCAGAGCAUCAGAAUGAAGAUAGUGACAAUACCACUUUGCGUGGAAGUGGUCAAGCAACAGCAUCAGCGGCAGAAACUAAUCAUGUGACUUCAAUUUCAACACUUGCUCCCUCUCCAUCAAGCAUCCGUAGAUCCUUUUUCGGCAUUCGAGAUCACGAGAUGCAAACUCCUCGUGUGAGAGAAGGGAGAUAUCAGGAUCUAUUGGAACACAGAUCAAAUUUCCUUGAAAGGAGGAGGAGGAUCCAAUCACAGGUUCGUGCUCUUCAAAGAAUGGGAAGCCGUAUCGGUGAGAACGUUUCAGGCCAUGACGGGUCCUGUCCGUUGGGUCAGACUCAAGCAGGUCGUUGCACAUGUCGUGCAACAAACACAACUGACGAGACGAAUGCCAGGGCUAGCAUAUCGAGAAUAGUAAUGCUGGCUGAAGCCUUGUUCGAGGUUCUGGAUGAGAUUCACCAGCAAUCCGUCGUCUUAUCAUCUUCUCAACCGUCCGUCUCAUCGAUCGGAUCUGUGCCUGCACCUAACGAUGUUGUGGAAUCGUUACCCGUGAGACUGUACGCCAAGUCACAUAAAGAACAGAAUGAUGAGGCAUCACAAUGUUACAUAUGCCUCUUGGAGUACGAGGAAGGAGACAGUGUGAGGACAUUGCCUUGCCAUCACGAAUUCCACAGAACUUGCGUGGAUAAAUGGCUCAAGGAAAUCCACAGGGUAUGCCCACUUUGUCGUGGAGACAUCUGCAAAGCCGAACAGUCACCCGAAGGACACUCGUGAGAGAUGCAGAGUCUGAAUGGCUUUUUGUAAUGAUCCAAUGAUCAUGUCGGAAAUUUGAACGAUCAAUGUUGAGAACUGUAAUGGUAAGCCAUAGCUAUCUGGGGUUAUAUACAUGUUAUCCACCCGGAUUUGAUCCUUUUGACACGCAGAGGAGAUCGACACAUGAGAGAUUUUAUCUCAUGUUAUUCCCCUGAUGCGCCCUGAUUUUUGGAGUUACCCGACCCGUCUUCGUCUUCA